AUGGAGCACGGGACACAAGCUGACGGCGGCAUCCAGACUGAUGAGAAUACGCCCAUCGCGCCUUCGCUGCGUCGUUCGAAUCGUCUAGCUUCUAAACCUCCUCAGCAAAUCAAGGCCAUAGUCGCUAUGAGCGAGCCGAGACGAAACCCCAAGCGCAAGGCCUGUGAGCCAGCGAAUGAGGUAAAUCAGCGUAUCAACUCAGACGAACUCCUGAAUGAGGCUCUGGCCCCGCUAUCUCAAGAGGAUAUCGAGGAGUGGGAAGGUUGGAUAGAGCUUGAGUCAGAACCAGCUUUCUUCACCAUCAUACUUCGAGACCUUGGUGUUCAGAAUGUGAAGGCGCAGGAAAUAUUCACCAUUGACCAAGACUCUCUUUCACACCUUCCGCAGCCAGUAUACGGCUUGAUCUUCCUCUUCCAGUAUCUUCCUGGAAUGGAGGAAACGAAUGAAGAACAAGAUGCAAGCGAUGUGUGGUUUGCAAACCAGGCGAAGUCCAGUGCAAACAAGAGACGUUCAGCACCGAAAGGAGGCAAAAGAGCACCUCCGCGGAAGAAGAAAACAGACUCUGACUAUGGCUUUCAUUUUAUCGCCUAUGUGCCUGCAGGAGGCUAUGUGUGGGAGUUGGAUGGGCUUCAGUAUAAGCCUUACAGGCUGGACCCAGUGCCUAGUUCAUCCAAAUGGACAUCAGUCGCAGCGCCUCAAAUUGAGGCCCGAAUGCUACAGUAUGAAGAAAGCCAGCUUUCGUUCAACCUUCUAGCACUCUGCCAAAGCCCCCUAGCAGCAUACUCCCGAACCAUUGCCCGCGCCGCAGCAUCUCUGCAAUUCGUAUGCACCAACACCAACCUCCCCGAGUUUGAAAUGCUUAUCCGUGGCGAGAAACUUCCUCUCGACGUUGACGAUGAGUCUCAGCUAUCCGAAUUCAACAUUACCAAAUCAGACAUUACCAAUGCACAAAUCCCCUACGCCAUACAAUAUAAGCUCAAGCGCCCUGGCUUCGAUACUCAGACUGCUUAUGAGCUAUACCAAGAACUUAUCAUAGACCUCAAGGCAGCCAUGGGCGAGUUUCACGCCGAGAUGACGGCCAUAUCGGACGAUGAGCAACGAGUCAAGGGGCGUAAGAAAGACUACGGACCUGCACUACACAAGUGGAUGACGAAACUUGCUCAAAAGGGGGUUUUGGAAGAAGUUAUCAAAACAACCUAA